AUUAAAAAGCAUGCAAAUUUGUCUAUGCGUCAUCAUCAGCGAAACUUCGCGUGUGUGAUCGAGGAAGAUUAUUUAUAAUUCAGUUUUAAUUAUAGAUUUCUUUUACUUAUACAUCCCAAACUUAGUUUGGACAGUGCGGUUGUGUACUGCGACGCUCCGUCGGCGCGCCACGAAUGCGGAAACAUGUGUUUUGAUGUGAACAUCAAAUCAUGAUACAUGACAACAAAUUAUAAUUUAUUAGAAUUUACGUCGGUAUUAAUGUGUAUAGGAGUGAUAAAGGAUUGUUGUGUGAUCUUGUGGUAGUGGUGAUUACUGCAGCGAAUCCGUGUGGGGUUGGUGAUAAGUGAUAAGUAGGGUCAUUUCCGGUGUGUUGUUCGUGAUGUGGGCGCCCCGGUGAGGUAUCCUGCUGUAUAGUUCUGACGUCCUGGUACCACCAUGGCGAACACAGGGAUCGGGGUCUCCUUUGACCCUAAUGACAUGACCAGCUGGUACUUCAGAGAUCUGUCUCGCGCUGAGGCCACGAGGCUGCUCCUCAACGAGACGGAGAGUGGAGUGUUUCUCGUCAGGGACUCCAAGACUAUCACAGGAGACUAUGUGCUGUGUGUCAGAGAAGACGACCGAGUCUCCCACUACAUAAUAAACCGCGUUGUAUCCGCGGACGGAACGAUCCGGUUCCGGAUCGGAGACCAGCUCUUCGCCGACAUGCCGGCGUUGCUAGCGUUCUACCGGCUUCACUAUUUGGACACGACGCCCUUAGUCCGGCCACUGCCGCAAGCGCUGGCUAAGGUAGCCGCCCCACCGCCACAGCAGCCACACCAGGUUUUGGAGCUGGUUAUCGCGAAGUUUGAUUUCUCAGGAAAUGACGCCGAUGACCUUCCAUUCCGUCGCGGAGAGCGACUGAUGGUGAUCAACCGUGACGAGGAGCAGUGGUGGACAGCUCGCAACAGCCUCGGACGCACCGGCUCCAUACCCGUGCCUUACGUGCAGAGGAUCCUAGACCCAUCGGGUGUGCCAUACCCACCGGCAGAGGCUCUCAACCACCUGGCGGACCCGCCCAGUCCGCCCAGCAUCAAACACCCUCAACAGCGUACUAAUAUGCAGCGCACUCUCCCCGCGCUAGCUCGGGUGAAGCAACCGAGAGUGCCCAACGCCUACGACAAGACAGCACUCAAGCUGGAGGAGGGUGAUAUUAUUAAAGUGACAAAAAUCAAUAUAAAUGGCCAAUGGGAGGGCGAGCUACACGGCAAAAUCGGCCAUUUUCCAUUCACAUGUGUCGAGUUCUUAGACGAAAAUCAGGCGAGUUAAAAUUGUGACGUCACGAGCCAUAGGCAACGUGUCUAUGGUUCUCAUUCAUAGACUGUGCUCAUAGAUAAUGAGCUAUUAAUUUGCACAAGCUACGGUGAAGUGAUUUUUGAAGAAUUUUUGAGUUUGAUAUUUUUAAAAGUAUCGGUUUUUGGACUUUAAUUUUGGUUAUAGGUUAUUGCCCUAUUACAUGGAACUUGUAAUAUAAUAUAAGUUAUUAAAAAAGAAGUGACGUAAAUUAAGAAAAGUUUACACAUUUCUGCUUACCUCUUUCAGUAACAAAAAUGAUACUUUUAACAAAUAUGGCGCUCAACAAUAUGUAAUCACAAUGCAAAUAAAAUACUGAAUGUAUCUAUAAUUUGUGAAUAAAAAUAUUCACAAAACAAAAUCGGCUUAGUUAAUCUUUUUGUAACGCACAAACGUACAUACAUAUUAUUUACAUAUAUUAAAAUUGUAUGUUUUCUUUACUAUAAUAAUCGAAAUGUACUAAAAAGCUAAUAUUUAAAACGAAUCGAUGUUGAGAUUAUUAGAAACUCAUUUUUAAUGUGUAUUUAUUAUUUUUCGCUAUUUUUAUUAUUUACGUGUCGUGCAUUUUAUUGCAUUUUUGCUAUAUUUACAUUCUUUAUGUAAUUUUGGAGUCGUCUCAUAAUUAUAUGUACCAAAAUGACUGCUAUUAUUAUUCCUUAUGCUAUUAAACUACUAUACAAAAUAUAAAUACCAAAACAUAAAAAAAAUACAGUCGAAUUGAGAACCUACUCCUUUUGUUUGAAGACGGUUGAAAAGAGAUUGAAUUUUAAUGAAUUUCGAGCUGGUAAUGGACAAUGAGUGGAUCGUUGUCCGUCAAUACAUGAAAUCAAGAUUUCUUACAGUUUCUCGCGAUUUACCAGUUCGAAGCCCUCAAAUACAACCCAAACAUCUUUCAUGCUUUUAAUAAAGCUGGUUAAACGCAUUUGUAACUCCUCUAGUGUUCGUACGAGUUCGGCGUUGUGAUUGGUUGGUUUAUUGGCGCCGACCAAUCACA